GCAACUCCCUAGCGAGCUUCACAUCAGCACCAUGGUGGACAGCUGCUGCCCCGGAACCACCACGGCCAUUCCACCUGUGCCCACCUUCACGUGCUCAAAUGGUGGCAGUUUCCAAAACGGUAUCUGUUUGCCUAGUUCCUGCCGGAGCAGAACUUGGCAGCUGGUCACCUGCCAAGAAAACUGUCAGCCAUCCAGCAGUGCACCAAGUGGCUGUGAACCUGCUUGCUGCCAACCUACCUGCCUUCCGGCAACUUCUUGUGUUGGCUUUGCCUGCCAACCCAUUUGCUCCCGCACAGCCUGCUAUGAAUCUGGAACUGGUCAGUCUCCUUAUUUGGAACCCUCCUGCUUGGAACCCACCAGUUGUCAGGCAAAUUGCUGUGAAGCCAUCCUCGACCAGCAAAGCUCCUGCCAAGAACCUAUCCUUGUGUCCAGAUCAGCUUGUGGCCAAUUGGUCUCCUGUGACGCUAGGUCCCAACAGCCAUCCUGCUCUGAGGUAAAUUCCUGUGCUGAAAAUUCUUGCCCACCAACCAUCUGUGCAGCCAGUCCAUGUCAGCUAACUUGCUGUCAACCAGGUUCAUGUCAACACAUCAAUGGUGAAGAUCAGACCUGCAAAUUAACUUAUUACCAACCCAUCUGCUACCUUUUCAAGACUUGCCCAUCAGUUCCCUGCAUGCCUGUUCCCUGCCAGCCAUCAACUUGUGUGUUCAGCUCUUGCAAUCCUACAUGCUACGCAUCGUCCCCUUGCUGGUCGCUUUGCUGCCAACCAGCUCCUUCCAUAUCUUUCAUCUGCCAGCCAGUGGCUAACUGCCAGCCCCUAUGUUCUGUAAAGAACCCUUGUAAACCAGUUUCCUGUGGCACCGUGCUUUCCAGCCAACCAACUUGGGAUGGAUCCACUUCCUGCAACCAAGGUGGCUGCACACCCCCUUCCUGCCAACCAGCUUGCUGUGUAACAGGUUUAGGCAAAUCAUCUGGCAGUGGCUGCAAUGGUCUCCAACCAACUGCCCCAAGUGUCUGCAAAACCAGCACCUGCUUGCCAACUUCCUGCCAACCCAGCCAUGAGUCCAACGUCUGUAAGACAGCACCUCGCUGAUGGAGCACCCUUCACAGCUCCUUUGAGGUCUGCCACUAUCAACAAGUGCAUAGCCACCCUAUGGUGCCCUCUUCCUGCUGAGCACAAAUGCUAUCUGUGGGCUAACUUCAUUCUGAGUCGAGCCCCACAUUCUCUCCAGGCACUGAUGAGGGGACUUGUUCAGCCACUAAGAGAUCCUUCUUUACCAAGGAGGACAUUUCAGCAGGCAUGGUCCUCUCUAUGGCUCACAUCUCCUCAUGUUGUCAAUUCAUUUCACCUCAGCAAAGCCUUCUCUCCAGUAUUUCUUUUCUCUCUCUCUCUCUCUCUCUCUCUCUUUUGUUUUGAUGUAGCCAGGUCUUUAAAAAGACUCCUUUGCUGCCAACUGCUAAUAAAAAUGUGAAUGGUGGGGCAUAAUGAAUAAAACUCUCAGAAUGCUUUCAUUCCUUUCAGUACACCUCUUCAUAGAUUUCCUUCAGGUCACAUUUGAACACGAUGACCUUGGGUCCUCUAAGUUAGUGGUUGCCCUUGGUCUGCAAGGGUGGCUGGUGUCUGCAAUUAUAGAUGCUCAAUCUGGAAGGGAGAAAGGGCAAAUAAUCCCCUGGCUUCCAACCUUUAUACCACCAAAAGCUCUUUUGAGCUGAGUGGCCUUCGUUUCCCCACAGUGAACAGACUUGGGAAGCCAAAGACAGAAAUGGUCCAGGGAAGCCACGGGUUAAAAUAAACAUAGGUUUGGGGCAACGAGAAUAGCUAAGGGUUAAUUCACUUAAAACUGGUUUUAAUGAUCAUUCACCUAAUGGCCAAUUUAAUAAAAUGUAAAAUUAGAAAUUU